CUACCAGCAGCUGAAGAUCACGGCCAAGGAGAGACCAGGAAAAAACUUAUAUAACAACCUCAUGCCGAUCGGUAUUCUUUAGUUAAGUGGCAACCUUAGGACGGUCGAGAUCGCACCAACCUCUGCAAAGCGAUUUGCGUUCCAGAGUGUGUGACCAUCACAGCGGCAGCCAUCAGGAACUUUCUUCCUGAAGUGUUUUUUUUUUAUUGAAAAAAAAAAUCUUCCAACGCUCACCAGGCAAACCUGCCAGCUUUCCUGCAAGUUAGAAUUCCAAGGAUUCUUCACGGAUUUCGCUAGUGCCUGUGCGCUCCCCCAGUGUACACAAAGUGCCUACACAGAUUUUGUUCCCGGAAUUGAAUCUUCAGUGAAUAAAAAAAAACAGUUUUCUUCGCCUUUCGUGUGGUUGAAGCAGAAAUUAGCUCCGAAAUAUCGCAAGAUAUCAGAGAGUGCUGCCGGAAUCAAGUGGAAUUGAGGAAACCGAAAAUAAAAAAAAGUUACAAUUAUUGCUCCGAAAAAAAAACAACUGUUAGUGCGAUUUUUUUGAGAAGCAACCUCUGCAGAAGUGAAAUUCUUAAAAGCCACGAGUCUCUCGAUAGGGUUUUUGCCGUGAGCAAAAAUUACCGCUAAGACCAGAAGUGAAGAAGUGCCCUCCCCUAGAAACAGUGUGAAGGGAGAAUCAUCACCCGAUUGUACCGAAACUUGACUUGACAACGAUUGCAUCUGCUAUCGUGGAAAGGAAAAUCUACCUUCGAACUAGCGAAAACAACAAAAAAAGGUACAACAAACGAAUUAAGAGAAAAGCGACAGCCUACACAAUAGAAUCAUAAAUUCCGAAGGGCACAUCGGCCAACAAAAGGUGAAUAUUGCUCUCGAACACCAAUCCGGAACCAGACGGAACCGCAACACUACAAUCUGUUUCCAAACAUAUUUGCUAGAAAAAGAUUCAUCACUGCUAAACGACGACAACGUAAGCAAAUAGCAAUCAGAGCAACAGCCAUGCUUCCCAGAUCGCUACAUUCCACUAUCCUAGCUUGCCUUCUGCUAGCGUCCGCGCUCAGUAUAGAAGGUGCCAAGCGACGAUCCCGACUUGAUUUGCCCAUCUCGAAGCCUGCCGAUGCCCCGCUAGAGGACAAUCUGGCGACGGCUUCCGGCGGCUCCGAAACCACGUACGAACGAGUGGAAGCACCGGCGGCGGCGUCGGCUGCCGGUCCACCGGCCGCCGUUGUUACACCGGCAGCUGCGGCUGCCUCCACCGAAGCCGAUGCGGCCAACAGUUCCGGCAGCGGCAGUGCCGAAAACAGUUCCCAGAUGAUAGACGAGUACAGCGACGAAGAUUGCGAUCCGGACUUUGUGGCGUUUGAACUAGUGACCGGGUACGUGUUCUCGGCACCGAACAAACUGCUCGAUUCGAUCCCCGGAACGCUGAUGCUGACCGACUGUCUGGAGGCCUGUCAAAACAAUGAUUCAUGUGCUUCGGUCAACUACGAAACCGGCCUGUGCGUGCUGUUCUCGUCCAAUUCUGACAAAUUACCAGGUGCUCUGACCAAGUCCCAGUUCCCGGUGUUUACGAUCUACGCCCAGAAGUCCUGCCUGAAGCUGCGCCCAUGCGAGCGUGCCUGGUGCAUCGACCGAGUGCAGGGCUACAAGCUGACUGGCCACGUGAAACGAACCGCCCAGGUUCUGAACCGCCGCGACUGUCUGGAAAUGUGUCUGGGGGAAAACGAAUUCACAUGCCGCUCGGCCAACUUCUACCAAUCGACUAUGGCUUGCGAACUGUCCGACAUGGACCGUAUCACGCUGGCCGGAUCCAGUGCAUUCCAAUUGGCGGACGGUUCGGACUACCUGGAGAACAACUGUGCCGAGGAACCGACGAAGCUGUGCGAGUUCAAGCGUAUGUCCGGCCGGAUUCUGAAGACCGUGGAUUCCGUCUAUCAGGAUGUUGCCAGCGUCGAUGAGUGCCGUGAGCUGUGCCUUAGUUCUCCGUACCGUUGCCAUUCGUACGACUACGGCGAUACCGGCGAUAUGGUUUGCCGUUUGUCCCAUCACAGCCGGGCUACCCUUGCCGAUAUUCAGGAUCCCUACCUGGACGUACCGGAAGCUGCCACGUAUGAGCUGUCCUCAUGCUACAACGUUUCGAUCGAGUGCCGUGCCGGAGAUAUGAUUGCCAAGAUUCGCACCUCGAAAUUGUUCGACGGAAAGGUUUACGCCAAGGGUGCUCCCAAUUCGUGCUCGGUUGAUGUGAAGAAUUCGCUGGAAUUUGAACUCCGUAUGGGCUACCAGGACAUCGACUGCAACGUUCGUCAGAAUGGACUCGGACGGUACCUCAAUGACGUGGUCAUCCAACAUCACGACACCAUCGUCACCUCGUCCGAUUUGGGCCUGGCCGUGACCUGUCAGUACGAUCUUACCAACAAAACCGUUUCCAACGAUGUCGAUCUGGAUGUGGCCGGAGAUAUUGAACCGGCUCUGUCGGAGGAAGUGGUCGUCGAUUCACCGAACGUGGUCAUGAAGAUCACCACUCGCGAUGGAUCCGAUAUGAUGCGUACUGCCGAAGUCGGUGAUCCCCUGGCUCUGCGAUUCGAAAUUCUGGACCCACAAUCCCCGUACGAGAUCUUUGUUCGCGAACUGGUCGCAAUGGACGGAGUUGACAGCAGCGAAAUCACCCUCAUCGAUGCCCGCGGUUGCCCGACCGAUCACUUCAUCAUGGGACCGAUCUACAAGAGUGCCGGAUCCGGAAAGAUUCUGCUGUCACACUUCGAUGCCUUCAAGUUCCCGUCCUCGGAGAUGGUUCAGUUCCGUGCUCUCGUUACCCCGUGUAUGCCGACCUGCGAACCGGUACAGUGCGACCAGGAUGACUUUGCCGCCGGCGAACUGCGCUCGAUCGUAUCGUACGGACGUAAACGUCGGUCCCUGAACGUCACCGAGCAGUUCAGCAGCUCAUCACACCGGGCCCGUCGGGAAACCACACACCAGGCUCCCCAGGACGACAUGCUGCUCGUACAGUCGAUCCAAAUCACCGACAAAUUUGGCUUCGAGAAGCAACAGGCUAAACCGAAGAUCGGAAGUAGCGAAACCGUAUUCGUGGCUGCGUCCGAUGCUCAAGGCAUUUGCGUUAAUGGACUUGGUCUCAUCGUUGCUGGAGCCGUAUUCUUGCUUGGACAGCUUGCGGUUAUCGCCAUCUGGACGUACCUGUGGCAACGCCGCAGGAAGCAGCGUCAGUUCGAGAAUGCAUCGAUGGGUUCCUCGGUGAUGCCCAGCCCAACCAUGGCCGCUGGCCGAGGGGAUUCGAUGUGCAAGCUGUACGACAGUGGUUACGCUGGCAGGCACUUCUGAGAAUCUACCGUAUCUAUUCCGUACAGAUCCCACACAUAAAUACUACACAAGGCUGAUCUAUAUACUUUCACAACAACUCCCAGUUUACAGAUACAAAACCAGCAGAACACCACCAAUCCAUCCAUCCAUCCAUUCAUAACAAAACAUUAUCAAACAUUGUCGUUGAAGCUUCCAGAAGCUCCGCCUUCAAGCGGCACCCGACGAACUCAUUCUAGGUUUAGGAUCGCCUGUUUUCUCUUUUCUCGCCAGCCCCGACGACGAGGCGAGGCGAGGCGGCCGAGGAGAAAAUCAAGGCAACAGAACUGCCAUUUAAUGGUCUAAUUUUUACAAUAUUUUUCGCUCACAUCAACCAGAUAAAACCGUUUUGUAGUUUGUUGUGCUAAAAAUACGACCAGUAAGGAUGUGAGAGAAUGAGUACUCCCCUCCGACGAGAGUACUCAAUGCUGCUCGCAUACCCGCGCGCCUUCAGAUAAUUUCCUAAUAAACAAUUUUGCACUCAAUUUCCAAUACAUACACUAGAGAGAAAGAGAGAGGGAGACAGAGAAAAAAAAAGUAAAAAAAAACGACACGUACCCUUCGUCUAGCAGCGAACAAUCAAACAUCGAACUAAUCUUUAUGUUUUACAUUCCCAAAAUACGGAGAAUAGGACGACUGGAGUAUAGAACUAAUGAAAAGCGAUCUUUCGGCGAGAAAAAUCGAGCAUGUGUGUGCACGGGGCUAGCGUGAACCAGAAACCGAAAUAGUAUUCUAAACAAAGCGGAAACGGGAUGCACGAGUGCGAGUCAAGUUUAUAGGCGAAUGAGUGCGACUUAGGGUUAGCUAAUUUUUCUAUCUCGAAAACGAAAAAAAACACAUUCUCACAUGAAAAAAAAAAAAAAGUAAUCUAUUCUAAAUGUGGAAAUUUAUACUCCUUUGUCCUUUUCUCCUGAGCUCCGAGCUUCGGCUAGUGCGAAUCAAUCCCGGAGAGCAAAAAAAAACGGACUGCCCGCCCAGUGACAAGCUUGGGGCUCAAUUUUAAGCAUUUAUCAUAAUUUAUUUUGUAUUCAUUAAUUCCUUACUUUUAGUAGCCUACGAAUGCAAACAAGAAAAGCAUCCUCUACUGUGUUUUUUUUCUGUUUUGUAAUUUAACUUAGUGCUGCAGUGACAUUGUCUUAAAUAGUUACGAAGCAAAUGCAAUAAGAGAAUAAUAGCAAACUAGAAGAGAAGGAAAUAAAAAAUAAAAAAAACACAUGUUUAGUAUUUACAAUAGCAACCUAACCGGGCCGUAGUACUAGUAGAUUGUAGGGCGAAGAAAUAUAGAUAGACUUCCCUUAUUUCAAAAGCGCCGAAAACCGCCUCCCGUAUUCCAAUCUGUUUUAUUUAUAAAUUCAUAGCAUACUAACCAUUCAUUAUCAUUGCAUUAGAGAUGUGACUUAUUGCGAAGGAACGGUUAACUGACGAAGAGGAAAACAAUAAUAAUCAACAGAGAGCAAGUUAAAGAAUAUUGCAAAACACCGAGUAAAAGUCAAAAAUUAAUAUUUAAUUUAAAGGAAAAAAAAAAGAGAGAGCGAAAGAAGCAGAACUUAGUGAAAAUUAAAUUUAAUUUAAUUUUAAUCGUAAGGCAAACAAUAAUAACGAAUGAAGAAAAAAAACGAAUAAUACAUAAAUUACAUAUGCAUAUGUUUUCUAUGUAUUGAAGAAACAAUAUAAUGUAA